UCCCCACACCCUUCCUUGGACCUAACGCUUCCUCAGGACCUCAACCGCCCACGUUCAUAUCCAACCCCACAUCACACCCUUUCACUCGCACACGAACACAUGCACUUGCACUAACUUCCACACUCGAUCACCUCUUUAUAUAAAUCCCCAGUACUCACAUUUCCUCACAAACCCAAACCCUCUCGAUCUGCAAAAAUGUUCACAGCUCCAGUUCUCCAACAGAUGCUGCACUCUCAAUCCGGACAAUUGGUCAUGAACCAGAAGCCGUCGUGGAAGCCCCACGUCGAGAUCGCUCCCAAUUGCCCCCGCUGCGCGUCUGCCAACACCAAGUUCUGCUACUACAACAACUACAGCCUCUCGCAGCCGCGCUACUUCUGCAAAGGCUGCCGGAGAUACUGGACCAAAGGCGGGUCCAUGAGAAAUGUGCCCGUCGGCGGCGGUUGCAGAAAGAACCGGCGCGGCAGGUCGGUCAGGCUCUCGCAGGCUGACCGGGUUUCGUUGAGUUACUAUCGUCACAACAGCUCGAGUAGUAGCGGUGGUGAUCUAUCCGAGCAGCAGUCCACGGAAGGUGGAGCCAACGGAUCGGAUAUCGACUUGGCUGCUGUGUUUGCUAAGUUCUUGAACCAAGACUCUAGCAACGAACAUGAUCCCAAUUUGGUUGGAUCAGAAUCGAUCCCCGAUGAUGUUCAUGAGGCAAACGCAUUAUCUGAUCACUCCCAAAUUUCUUCGAACCACGCGGAAGAUCUUCUUGAAUCAGUGGAGCUACUUGAAGGACUCGUACUUCCUGAUCAGGAUCAUCAACAAUUACACGAAGGGGAUAAUAUUCAGAAUAUUGUGGGAAAUCAACACCAUCAUGAUUUGAGUAUUCAUGAAUUUGGGUUGCAGGGCUUGAUAGGCGAUGAGGAUGUGUUUUGGACUGAUACAACUGCAAGUUUGACAAGUAGUACUACUAGUUUCACAUGGCAAGAGUUGGAUAAUUCAUUCCCAUCUAAUGAUGAUGAUCAUAUGAAGAUAUCGACCACCACGACGAAUCUAUGUAGCGAUAACUGGAGCUCCUUUGAUUUUUCAGGCUUGGAAGUUUUCUCAGGAUCAUAACUAUUUAGUUAGAUGCAAAUUACAAGCUAGCAUUUAAUUAAUUGGUUAUUGAUCCUUUCAUUUUUACAAUUUUUGUUCGUCUUUUACUUAUAUACAAUUAGGAGUUUAGAACUGGUGCAUUGAUACCAUGGAGAUAAUAAUAUCAUGGAAUAUAUACAUACGAAUAUUAUACGCAAUAAAACCCUUAUCAAUAUUUACUGGGAUCA